UGCAGAGGGAGAAGGCGAAAGGGUUUUCUUCGACUGUGUGUUGCGUGAGAGAGUAAACUUACAUGAGAAGCUUCUGCGUAUAUUUCCAUUAAUAAAAAAAAAAGUAGGAAGAAGAAGAAGAAGAAGCCUUUCGGGUUUCGUAGAAGAUAAAUGAGAAUAUUAAUAGUUUAAGGAGAAUUUUUAAUUUUUUAGUGGGGAAAGGGGUUUUCGUGAAGAGAAGUUUGAUCCUUUUGCGCCUGGGAUAAUUCCUCGGCUUUGACACUCGUCUCUUCACGCAAUCGCGUUCGUUUGUCGUAUCACGUCUUCUAGGGUUUGCUUACUUUUUUUUCCCCUUUUAAUUGAAAAAAAAAGAAAGAGAUUUGUUCUGUGUACGUAGGCGAAAGAGGUGGGAUAUUGAUUUGGUUGAAUAGAAGCGCUAGAUUUGGUUGAAUUGGAGGAUAAUUCGUGGUGGGUACUUGCAAAAGUGUUAUCGAUUUUGAGCUGACGCUGGAUUCUGACUUUGUGUGUCUCCUGGUCAUAAUCAGGUCUUGAUGCUUGGGUUUUAAGGUCUAUACAUCAAAAGCUCGGAGAUUUGGCAAUCUGAAUUUUGGUCAAGGAUCGUAGAUUUCGAAAAGCCUUGUCCUUCUACAGAUUCGUGGUUGGGAUUUGUGUUGGAGAGGUUUUUAAUUUGGCAGCCUUUGCCUAAUUGAUUUGGUAACUUGGGAUUCUGCGGUGGAGGAUUUUGGGUCUUUGGUGGGUACGAUGAGCGCAAGCUUCACUGAGAGCUUCGCCGAUGAUGGCAAGCUUAUGCUCUGUGUGGCUGAGAAUGGCCACUCAUUUCCAUUUGAAUGCAGCGAGACAACUUCAGUUGAAUCUGUGAUGCGUUUCGUUGAAUCUGUGUCUGGUAUUGGCUUCUCCGAUCAGCUUCUUCUCUCCCUGGACAUGAAACUUGAGCCGCAAAAGCUGCUUUCUGCGUUCGGGCUUCCUGCAAGUGAUCGAGAAGUGUUUAUUUUCAACAAGGCGAUGCUGCAAAGCAACUCUCAUCCGCCAUCACCGGAAGAUGUAGAUUUACAAGAAGUUGAUGAUGCCUUACCACCGGCUUCAUUGCAUGAUCCUCAUCCAUUGGACGAUGCAUCAGAUCCGGCUUUAAAGGCUUUACCUAUGUAUGAGAGGCAAUUUCGAUACCAUUUCCAUAAAGGCCGCACCAUCUACAACUGUACGGUUGUGAAGCAUGAGAAUUGCGAGAGGUUAACGAGAGAGCAAAAGGUUCAACAGCGAGCUGUUGAAGUUGCUACGAGGAAUCUGGAACAGUAUUACAGGGUGAUCUAUCAGAAUUUUCUUGAGUUUAUGAAGCGUUAUAAGCAUCAACACCGCCUCCACUCUGAUUUGCUGAUGAAUUUUGGAAGGGAUAUUGAGAAAUUGAGGUCAGCUAAGAUUCACCCUUAUCUGCAAACUGAUUCCAGGAAAUGCUUAUUGGACUUUGUCAAGGAAGAUAACCUCAAAAAGGCGGUGGAGAAUUGUGCAAGCUCUCACAGGCAAUUUGAGAACAAGAUUGCACAGUUCCAGCAGCUGUUUGUCGAGGUCAAGCGCAAGGUGGAGGAGUUGUUUGCUUGCAGGGCUUCCUUAUCGAUGAAGAACUUAGAAGGGACUAUUAAGGAUCACGAACGCUUCAUUAAUGAGCAAAAGAGCAUAAUGCAAUCUCUCAGCAAAGAUGUCAAUACGGUUAAGAAGCUCGUGGAUGAUUGCAUGUCUAGCCAAUUGUCCUCAUCUCUCCGACCUCAUGAUGCUGUUUCAGCCCUGGGUCCUAUGUACGAAGUGCAUGACAAAAAUCACCUUCCCAGGAUGCAGGCUUGUUAUAACUCCAUUUCAGAAUUGCUGGAUUUCUGCAAGAACAAGAAGAAUGAGAUGAACAGUUUUGUACACAGUUACAUGCAAAAGAUAACAUACGUUACAUAUAUCAUCAAAGAUGCUAAGUUACAGUUUCCUGUUUUCAGAGAGGCAAUGUUGCGUCAGGAUGACUUAUUUGCAGACCUGAAGUUAGUCCGUGGUGUUGGCCCCGGUUAUAGGGCCUGCCUCGCAGAGGUGGUGAGAAGAAAAGCCUCUAUGAAGCUUUACAUGGGCAUGGCUGGGCAAUUGGCAGAGAAGCUUGCGAUGAAGAGGGAAACAGAGGUCAGGAGACGUGAGGAGUUUCUUAAAACACAUGGUCCCUUUGUACCUCGUGACGUGUUGUCCUCAAUGGGUUUAUAUGACACUCCCACUCAGUGUGAUGUCAAUGUCGCUCCUUAUGAUACUAGUUUGAUCAAUAUUGAAAUCGCAGACGUUGAUCGGUAUGCUCCCGAGUAUCUAGUUGGGUUACAUUCAAAGGUCACAUCCUCAAGGAGUUCACUGGGCAUGUCUAGUGAUAGUUCGCUUUCCGCUGAGACUGAGGAGAUAGUUGUAGACUCUUUAGACAAAGACAGCUUUGAUGAUAUCCUAGCGGCCUCUGAAUUAAUUGAGAUAGCUGGAACCAGCAAGAUGGAAGUUGAGAAUGCAAAACUAAAAGCUGACCUUGCUUCUGCAAUCUCUCGGAUUUGUUCAUUAGGCCCACAAGUUGAAUAUGAUGUGCUGGAUGAAAGUGAAGUAGAAAAUUUGUUGAAAAAUGCCGAAGAGAAGACAACAGAGGCACUGCAAGCCAAGGAUGAGUAUGAGAAACAUCUCCUAUCUAUGCUCAAGGAAAAACAAAGGCAUUGUGAUUCAUAUGAGAAGCGCAUCCGUGAAUUGGAACAGCGUCUCACCGAUGAGUAUCUACACGGACAGAGACAUGUUAAUAAUAAGGAUGCGUCUGGCUCAAACCUGAUGCAUGAAAAAGUUACUGAGUACAAAGGAGAAGCUUCAGGUGACGUGGAAGGCAACAAAACUCAUGUAUCUGGUUCGGAGCCCAUGGAUGAGGUCUCUUGUGUUUCAAUUCUUUCUAGCAAGCAGCCAUGUAAAGCUCGCGAAGGUAUGGAUGAGAAUAUGGUGGAUUCCUCUCUGGUGCUCAGUCAUCCGCUUGAUUCGUCGAUGCUGGAAAGCCAGCAAAACAAUGAGAAAGGUGGAAAGGAUAAUGUGGUAGGCGAUAUGGGUGUGUUUCUAAGUAACAGUUCGUCAGCCGAGAGCCCACCAAAAUCUUUAGAUAAUAAUGUGGCAACUGGCGUAGGUUUAGAUACCAAACACAGUGAUACUAUUAUAUUGGAACUUAGAAAUGAGCUGAUGGAGAAGUCCAAUAAACUGAGUGAAACAGAGUCCAAGCUAAAUGGUGCUAUGGAAGAGGUAGCCAGUCUGAGCAGAGAGUUGGAAAUGAAUCAGAAGCUUCUCGAAGAAUCCCAGAUGAACUGUGCGCAUUUGGAGAACUGCUUACAUGAAGCAAGAGAAGAAGCCCAGACCCAUCUUUGUGCUGCUGAUCGUAGAGCUUCUGAGUACAAUGCACUUCGUGCAUCAGCUGUGAAGAUGCGAGGUCUCUUUGAAAGAUUCCGGAGCUCUGUCUGUGCUGGUGGUGGGGUUGCUGGUUUUGCUGAUUCCUUGCGUACUUUGGCUCAAGCUUUAACCAACUCCAUUAAUGACAAUGAAGAUGAUGGCACUGUUGAGUUCCGGAAAUGCAUCCGAGUCCUGGCAGACAAAGUUGGCUUCCUCUCCAAACACCGGGAGGAAUUACUUGAGAAGUGCCGAAAUCUUGAAGCUACAAGUGAACAGACAAGAAAGGACUUGGAGGAGAAGAAAGAACUGGUGAAAACGUUGUAUACUAAGCACCAACUUGGGAAGCAGGCGAAUAAGGAAAAGAUAUCAUUUGGCCGUCUUGAAGUUCAUGAGAUAGCAGCAUUUGUGCUAAACCAAGCAGGUCAUUACGAGGCAAUUAACAGGAACUGCCCAAAUUACUACUUGUCAUCUGAAUCCGAGGCAUUGUUCACAGAUCACCUCCCAAACCGGCCUACAUACAUUGUGGGACAGAUUGUCCACAUCGAGCGCCAAGCAGUGAAGCAACCAUCACCACUUUCAGCUUCUGCAUCUCCCGACGCGGGUAAGACAGAUUAUCUCGGCUCAGAGCAGGGCUCAAGAACUCUGGCAUCAAGCUCAGUGUCAACAUCAUCUUCAGGAACAACAACGACAAACCCUUAUGGUCUCUCUACAGGAUGUGAAUACUUCAUAGUGACAAUAGCAAUGCUUCCUGACACUGCUAUUCAUCAACAAGCUUCCUGACACUGCUAUUCAUCAACAAGCUUCCUGAUCCUUUUGCUUGUUCUCAAGCCAAAUAGAGGUGAGGGAAGAAACCCCCCCCCCCCCCCCCCC